UCUACAUCCACAUAAAUGUCUUCAUCUGGCUUCUUUUAUAAGGGAGAAGAUGUCAACCGGACACUAGAAGGUGGAAGGAAACCUCUUCAUUAUGCAGCAGAUUGUGGGCAGCUUGAAAUCCUGGAAUUCCUGCUGCUGAAAGGAGCAGAUAUUAAUGCUCCAGAUAAACAUCACAUUACUCCCCUUCUGUCUGCUGUCUACGAAGGUCACGUUUCCUGUGUGAAAUUGCUUCUGUCGAAGGGUGCUGAUAAGACUGUGAAAGGUCCAGAUGGACUAACUGCCUUUGAAGCCACUGACAACCAGGCAAUCAAAGCCCUACUUCAGUGAUGGAUGGAGGGGCUGACAGCUCUGGAAGAAUGACUCUCCUGUGGCCUCACACUGCUGCCUGUCUGUCUGUCACUCUCUAUCUGCCAGCUUCUUCAGCUAAAUACUUUAAGAGGGGUGAGGGGGGAGAGAAAUUCACAACCAAUCAGACUACCAGAAAAAACCAUGUUUUGGAGGAGAGGCAAAAACCACGGUCAGGCUUUUAUUAGGCCUCCUGAUCAAGUCGGCCUCUUUUCCAUUUCCAAAAAAUACACAGCUUCUACCCAAGGGAGAGCCAGAACAAAAAGAAAACAUAACAUUUGACUGUCUCAGCUCCCUAGCUAAUUCAUUAAUUAGAUUGUGUCGAGGGUCUGAUUAUACAAAGGCCAACUCUACAUGUUUGGUAGCCCUAACUGCGAGCAGUAGUGGCUGCUGUGAUGUAAACUUAGGGUGCUGAGAUAAGCAAUUAGCCUUCUGCCUUAAGGUGCACUCUGGGGAAUCUCCUGGUGUAGAGAGCGCUGCCUGUGGUUGGUGACCAAAUCUUCCCUCGGUGACUUUCAGCUUUACAUGAAAGCCUAGUUACGGUGAGGAGGGGCACACUCCUAAAUUGCUAGGUGACUGAACUUUGGAUUUCCUCUCCCCUUUCACACUGAUUUCAUGUGUCUUUAGGUAAAACUGACUAGUUUUAUUUAUAAAAUCUUAAAUUUUGGAAGUCUAUAGGAGAAACCAUUCCAGUGUGCAUAAUUUUUUCUCCUCUAGAUUCACACAUUUAUGUAACAUUGAAACACUUUUAAACUCCUGCUGGUAGCAAAGGGGGAUGUAAAACUAGAAUCAUAGCCAUAAGCCUGUUAGUGUCAUAGAGAGAGCAAUUGUCUUCGUACCUGUGGGUUUCUUCAUUUGCUGUUUAAACGAAUCGGCCUUGGUUAUGUGGAGAACAGGGCACACUGUUGGCAUGUCUCUGACCUGUCUUGGAUGCUGAUUACUUACUGCACCAAAGCUAUCACUGGGGUGAGAUUUACUAUUUGGACAAAUCUCUCCAAAAAUACGCUUGUUACCAGGUUUCCCUGAGCUGUUGAUAAACUUCUGCUGAAUGCACAUGCACCAGCCCAGCUGCAUAGUAUUUUUUCCCUUUUUUAAAUCAUGCAUCACAUAAAGUGCGAAACCUUCAAAAUGUAUUCUGUGUCCUUAAAUAUGUGCCCUAAAAUGGUUCUUAUGACGUGCAGAAAAUACUUACACAUUUUCAAAUGUUUAUUUCAUGAGCAGUACUACUAAUUAAAACACAUACUUAAAUUUUGCUAUUUUGCAUUUAAAAUACUAAGAUUCCUUUGACCUGCCAACUCAUCUAAGCUUACUAAAAUAUUAGGAUUUUUCCUUAACCACAUCAUGCAAUAACUGAAUGUACCUCAAAUUUUUAAAAAGGGGGGAGGGUGGGUUAGGGGCUUGUAUUCAGAUUGUGGAUAAUAAAGAAUUAGGAUUUUUUUUUCUUAAGGCAACGUAGCAUUCAACAGCAGAGUUAAACAGUCAAGAACUGUCAGCCUGGCUAAUAACAAACCUUAAUGAUGAAUUGCUGAUUGGUUGGUUGGUUGGUUGGUUGGUUGUGUGUGUGUGUGUGUGUGUGUGUGUACACAUGUGUACUUUUCCCCAUGAACACUUUUUUUAAUCCUGUGGCUUUUUUCACUUACAGCUAGCCUAAACCCUGUAAUUUUUCUGCAUCCAAGAAAACAUUCACAAAAUAGUUUAAAUACUUUGAUACCUUUGGCCAAUUCUGCUGCCUUAAUGCAGCCUAUUCGAGUUGGACUGAAAGUCAGUCAUCAGUACUUUAUCCCACCACUGAACUGAAAGCUGGCUAUGAGCUAUCCUCAUUGAAGAGGGAGGGCACUCGAUCAGUCUUGAACUGUCAACAAGGUGUUGGGAUAUCUUUGUUUUCACCUCUUGGCAUAAUGUGAUCAAAAGGCUUGGAUUCUGCCCUCCACAGUUCUUCCCUUUACAGCCUCAGUGUGCUGUUCCAGCUGGCUGUUGCAGAGAGUGCACUGUCCUAUCAUUCCUGAACCUGGUCUGCUUUCCAGUCACCUGGUGUAGAAGCCACGUGACUUCUGUACAGUUUACCCUGAUGUUCCCUGUGAUGCAGUAGAGGCUGCUUCGCCUUCCUCUUUCCCAGCCAUUUUGUAAACCCCAUAAUUAUGAAGCGGUUGCCUGAGAAAAUAACAUAUAAACAUAGAAUAGACUGACCAAGAUGGUUUACAAUUUCUUUUUUUUUAAACUAGGUUAUUUAUACUAUAUUUCUGAACCACUUGGCAGAAAAAUUCACAACACUUAAUGUUCAUAUUUUGAGUACAGAAAGUUAAAACCAUAUCUGCUUUUUGGUACUACAAGCAUUAGGGAAAAGGUGGGGUUUUUUUUUUCUCCACUGAAGUAAUAUUUAACAUCUCAGCAGAAACCUUGCAUGUUCUGUAGUUUUGUAUGAAGUCAGUCAUUUCGUAUGCACUAUAACAAUUAAGAACAGGUGUGUAAAACACCCAAGUGUUUACUGUUAGUAUACUAACCAGUUCCCCCUUGCAGCUUCAGACUGGUAUCUGGAAACAGUUCAAAUCCAGCACCUGAGUGGACCCGAAUAGUUCUGUGCAUAGCUCACCUUCUAAACCCAGGGCGCAUGGAGAGGUGGGCGAGUCCGUGUGUGGAAGCUGCAAGCAGGUAGCCCCUUUAUUCAUUGAUUCUUUCUCCCAAAUGGGUUCAAAUCUGUCCGCACCCAUUGGAUUUUUUUCCCUAAACUUCAGUUAAGCUGCUGUUUUCUUCCACGCAAUAUUGUAUACUUGGUUGUGUAUAGAAGCUGGUGAGAGUGCCCUCCUACAUAAGCAAUUGCAGUGUUUUGCAUGCAGAGUUUUAAAACUUUAAAUUGUCCUGAUUCUAUUUUGUAAAUGGAGAAACAAUCAUAUCUUUCUAAGCAGUAAUGGAGGAAGACUAGUGCUUUGUGCAUUUUGAUAUAAUUGAGUUCAUUUUUUCCAUGAUGUAAUACUUUUGACACAGUUGGGUUUCGCAUAUUAUCCUAGUUCAUGUACAUCAGAAUGCUAAUAAUACUGUGUUUAAGUUUUGUGUUGCAAGAACAAAUGGAAUAAACUUGAAUUGUGCUACA